AGGGAAUGGAAAGGUGAGCAGUUCUGCAGCAGCAGAGGGGAGCUUCACAGCUCUGACUGGACUCCUGGAAGUGGAGCCUUUGCACUUUACUUGUAUAUCCACCAGUGAUGGCACACGCGUGGAGCGAGAUGACGCCAGCAUAUUCACUGUGAGUACAUUUGGUGUGACUCCAACGGUGGCUGGCCUGUCUACGGGGUCGGUCGGUGAGGCUUCAACAGCUCUGAGCUCUGCAGCUCAGGUGGCCCUGCAGUCACUGUCUCACGCCAUGGUCUCAGCUGAGCAGCAGCUGCAGGUCCUGCAAGAGAAACAGCAGCAACUGCUGAAGCUGCAGCAACAGAAAGCAAAGCUGGAAGCCAAGCUCCAUCAGACCACCUCUGCAGCUGCUGCUGUCGCUUCUGGAGUCGGACCCAUCCAUAACUCUGUGCCUUCAAACUCGUCUGCUCCGGGCUUCUUCAUUCACCCUUCAGAUGUCAUCCCACCAACGCCUAAAACCACGCCCCUCUUCAUGACCCCUCCUCUCACACCGCCCAAUGAGGCGGUGUCUGCAGCCUUCAGCGCGGAGCUGGCUCACCUCUUCCCUGGUUCCAUGAUGGACCAGGGGCCUGUCAACAUGGCUGCACACAAGAACCCACAGAAAGCCAAGCCGAGCCCGUUGGGCAGUGGUUUAGCUCUGGCUAUUUCUCAGGCAUCUCACUUCCUGCAGCCGCCUCCACACCAGUCCAUAAUCAUAGAGCGAAUGCACUCUGGGGCUCGGCGGUUCGUCACUCUGGACUUUGGCCGUCCUGUCCUGCUAACCGACGCCCUGAUUCCGACCUGCGGAGACCUGGCCUCUCUCUCCAUCGACAUCUGGACACUGGGUGAAGAGGUGGACGGUCGCAGGCUGGUAGUGGCCACUGACAUCAGCACCCAUUCGCUAAUUCUUCAUGACCUUCUGCCACCACCCGUCUGUAGGUUCAUGAAGAUAACAGUGAUUGGACGCUACGGCAGCACCAGUGCACGAGCAAAGAUCCCAUUAGGUUUCUUCUAUGGCCAUACUUACAUCCUACCUUGGGAGAGUGAACUUAAACUGAUGCACGAUCCUCUGCGGGGAGAGAGUGAGGCCGCCAGUCAGCCAGAUGUGGAUCAACAUCUGACCAUGAUGGUAGCUCUACAGGAGGACAUCCAGUGCCGGUACAAUCUAGCCUGCCAUCGGUUGGAGACUCUUCUUCACAACAUUGACCUUCCACCUCUGAACAGUGCCAAUAAUGCCCAGUAUUUCCUACGAAAGCCAGACAAGGUGGUGGAAGAGGACCAGCGGGUUUUCUCAGCCUAUCAGGAUUGCAUCCAGCUGCAGUUACAGUUGAACUUGGCUCACCAUGCUGUCCAGCGACUGCGAGUAUCACUGGGCGCCAGCCGAAAGACGUUACCCAAGGCUAAUGACCCGCAGGCCCAGGGGCUCGUUCACAGUUCCUCCACUGAGCAGCUCAGGACAAUCAUCCGGUACCUGCUGGACACGCUGCUCAGCCUUCUGCACUCCAAUAACGGGCAUUCUGUCCCCUCGGUGCUCCAGAAUACCUUCCAUGCCCAGGCCUGCGAGGAGCUUUUCAAGCACCUCUGUAUUAGCGGGACGCCUAAAAUCCGUCUGCAUGCCGGACUGCUGUUGGUGCAGCUCUGUGGAGGUGAAUGCUGGUGGGGCCAGUUCCUCUCCAACGUUCUGCAGGAGCUCUACAACUCUGAGCAGCUGCUUAUUUUCCCCCAGGACAGAGUAUUCAUGCUCCUGUCCUGCAUUGGCCAAAGAUCCCUGAGUAACAGUGGUGUGUUGGAGGGUCUCCUAAACCUGUUGGACAGCCUGCUGUCCCCUCUGCAGCGACCGCAGGCUGCGUCUCAGCGCAGGACUGAAGGAAUUUUAGACAUUCCCAUGAUCAGCUGGGUGGUGAUGUUGGUUUCCAGACUCUUGGACUAUGUAGCCAGUAUUGAAGACGAGGCCUCAGGGGCGAAGAAGAACCUUGGAGGGAAGGAAAGAGACAGGCCUGUUACCGGGAUCCAGUGGAGUUUUAUUAACAACACUCUUCAGUCUCAGAACUCAAACAGGACAGCUAAAGGUAGCAGCAGCCUGGAUCGGCUCUACUCACGGAAGCUCCGCAAGCAGCUCGUUCAUCACAAGCAGCAGUUAAAUCUAUUGAAAGCAAAACAGAAAGCUUUGGUUGAGCAGAUAGAGAAGGAGAAGAUCCAGAGCAACAAAGGCUCAUCAUAUAAACUGCUGGUGGAGCAGGCUAAACUCAAGCAAGCCACGUCUAAGCACUUUAAAGACCUGAUCCGUCUGAGACGGACAGCUGAAUGGCCUCGCUCCACACUGGAUGCAGAGUCCACUACAGUCAAAGAAGCCCCAGAAGUAGAACCUCUGCCCUUCACUUUGUCCCAUGAACGCUGCAUCUCUGUCGUGCAGAAGCUUGCCCUCUUUUUGCUCUCCAUGGACUUCACCUGCCAUGCCGACCUGCUGCUUUUUGUCUGCAAGGUACUUGCUAGGAUAGCUAAUGCCACGAGACCUACAAUCCAUCUGUGUGAGGUGGUGUCUGAACAGCAGCUGGAACGCCUUUUGCUACUGCUUGUAGGAACAGACUUCAAUCGAGGGGAUAUCUCCUGGGGAGGGGCAUGGGCACAGUACUCUCUCACAUGUAUGCUCCAGGACAUCCUGGCAGGUGAACUGAUGUCUCCAGGCUCUCUUGAUUCCAUGGAAGAGGUGGUGGUUGUGGGUGACGAGGCAGGGGCAUCAUCUUCUUCAGCCGUGCCAGACUCAGACGACUCGCUGGCCCAGCCUCCCACCAUUCCCCUGGUGGAGACCAUCGAUGAAGCUCUGGUGCCAGAUAUCAUCGCCGGUACUCCAGCCACCUCCACGGUGUUUCAAAGUGCUCCACCUCUAUCAUCUUUGGAAAAAGAUAAAGACAUAGACUUUGACUUGCUACAAGACCUCAUGGAUGUUGAUAUUGAUCCUUUAGAUAUUGAUUUGGAAAAAGAUCCACUUGCUGCCAAAGUAUUUAAGCCUAUAAGCAGUACCUGGUAUGACUACUGGGGUGCUGACUAUGGGACAUAUGGGUACAAUCCUUACAUCGGAGGCGUUGGUAUUCCAGUAUCCAAGCCUUCAGUUGCACCUGAAAAGCCUGCCUCCCAGUGUGUGUCGGUCUCUGUGUCUCAAGCUCUGGAUGCCCGGCUGGAGGUCGGUCUGGAGCAGCAGGCUGAGCUGAUGCUCAAAAUGAUGGCCACUUUGCAAGCAGACUCCAUUCUACAGGCUCUCAGUUCAAGUUCAUCUACAAUCAGCCAGCCCUCUAAUGGGACCGAUGACUCUCUGCUUCGAGCCUUCCACAGCGGUGGCUCUCCCCCCUGCGCGGCCCCGUGCUUCAGCCCUCCUCCGUUCCCAUUCUGAGUGCCUGCUUCAACAAGCUCUUCUCCAUGCUGCAGGUCCACCAUGUCCAGCUUGAGUCUUUACUGCAGCUGUGGUUAACACUCAGUCCUCAACACGUGUUUGUGGUG